GACAAAACCUCCCCCACAUAGCUCCACUGAGAGGUGGAGCAACAUUGAAAGAGGAGAGCUGCACCGUCACGUUUCCUGAAAUGAAACUUAAAGUCAGAAGGACAGCAGAGCAGCACUGAAGACAAAUCUCUCUGGUUCUCUCUCAGCUUAAUCCAGCAGGUUUUUCCCAACAACAAAUACUGAGUGUAGACAUGGCUGCUGCCAGCUGUCUGCUGACUGAACAUCAGUUCCUGUGCUCCAUCUGUCUGGAUGUGUUCACUGACCCAGUCACCAUACCAUGUGGACACAACUUCUGCAAAUCCUGCAUCACUGAACACUGGGAUAUUAACAUCCCAAGUCAGUGUCCUAACUGUAAAAGGGUUUUUAACACCAGACCUCAGCUGCACAUCAACACGUUCAUCUCUGAGAUGGCUGCUCAGUUCAGACAGUCAGCUCAACAGAAACCAGGAGAAGUUCCCCGUGAAGUCUACUCAGGAACCAAACUGAAGGCCAUGGUGCUCUGCCUGUUCUAUGUGGUGUGUUUUAUGAGUGUCUGCAUGCUCAGGAUGGUUUUAGAUAAGGAGACACAUGGUGUUGUUCCUCUGAAAGAAUAUGUGCAUAAAAAGGUUGUGCUGGGGAAGACAGAGGUGGAAAUUCAGCAGAUGAUCCAGAAGAGACGACUCAAGAUUAAGGAGAUCAAACGCUCAGUGGAACUCAGCUGGAAGGAUGCUGGCAGUGAGAUAGCAGAUGGUGUUCAGGUCUUCACCGCUCUGAAGGAGUCUGUUGAGAAAAGCCAGGCCGAGUUCAUGGACACGAUCAUAGAGAAGCAUACAAAGACAGAGGAACAGGCUAAAGGCUUCAUCAAAGAGUUGAAACAGGAAAUCUCUGCACUGAAGAAGAGAAGUGCUGAGGUGAAGCAGCUCUCACACUCUUAUGACCACCUGCACUUCCUCCAAAGCUUCUUGUCCCUGAACGCUCACAAGGACUGGACAGAAAUCAAUGUCUGUCCACCUUCAUAUAAGGGAACUUUGAGGAGAGCUGUGAAUCAGUUGCUUGCUGGAGCUGAGCUGAAGAGGGUCCAGCAGUAUGCAGUUGAUGUGACACUUGAUCCUGAUACAGCAAAUCCCUUUCUUGUCCUGUCUAAUGAUAAAAAACAAGUAUAUGAUGGUGAUGUACAGGUGACUCUCCCAGACAACCCAGAGAGAUUUGAUUCUUGUGUUAAUGUCCUAGCAAAGCAGAGUUUCACUUCAGGGAGAUUUUAUUUUGAGGUUCAGGUUGAAGGGAAGGCUGAGUGGACUUUAGGAGUGGCCAGAGGGUCAAUCAACAGGAAGGGAUACAUCGCAGUGAGCCCUCAGAAAGGUUACUGGACGAUAUCUUUGAGGAAUGAAAAUGAGUACUGUGCUUGUGCUGGCCCUGAUGUUCACCUCUCUCUGAAGUCUCGGCCUAAGAAGGUGGGAGUGUUUGUGGAUUAUGAGGAGGGUCUGGUCUCCUUUUAUGAUGUUGAUUCUGCAGCUCUUAUCUACUCCUUUACUGGCUGCUCCUUCAGUGAGAAACUCUACCCAUUCCUCCGCCCCAGUCUUAAUUAUGGUGGUAAAAACUCUGCCCCUCUGAUCAUCUCUGCUGUCAAUCAUUGAGUAGAACAACCAUUUCAUUUUCUACAGAAAGAUCCACUUUCGUUUGUAAUAAAUCUAUUUUUGUUGUAGGGCUGUGAAGUUCUGGUCAGUUGGUCGAUAUGCUCUUCGCUGAUCAAAGUCUCUUUGGUUGAACAGUCGCUGGUGUUACUUAAUUAAGGCUGUGUGUUUCCUUUCUCAGCUGGAAAUGGCAGUUGUUGUUAGGCACCAUCACAGAAUGGUUGGUCUUCAUGGUUUUUCUCCUGCUCUUUCUUCACUGUGGCUGGACAGCUGGUGACAAUGACAGGUGCAGCAUUUUACCCAAAGUUAAACAUUUUUCAACUCUCAUUUUUAAUCAGAAAACAAAAAUAAUCACAGAGGACAUUCAGUGUUGUAUUUUGUCACUAUGGAUUUUUUUCACUAAGUCUCCAAAAAGACACCACAGUUCAAGGCUGGAUUAUAAAGCUACUGAAAGGUAUGCUAUCACACCGGAGCCCUUGUUGGAGUGGCAGGAUGGCUACCGUACUGGACUAAAAAUAGUAAGUCUCCUUAGUAACGUUUGUAUGACAUCAUUAACCCCAGAGUUAACUUCUGUAGUAUCCAGUAUGUCAUAUUUUUCUCAGCAGUCCUGUGGCAUUCCACUCGCCUGUACACAAAGUUUACUUGCCCUGGGCGAGUGUUGAUGUUGAGCUCUGUGACAGGAAAAAAACACUUUGAUGGACUCAUCUACCAGGUAGAGUGCACUGUGGCCAAUUUAGUUAACCAAGAGAUAACGUGCUUAUCUUUUUCCUGAUCGACCAAUCAAUUGAUUGAAGAGUACGUAGAAUUUCAGACGACCAAGAUUUUCUAUUGAAUACAGCUCUAAUUUAUUGGUGACGUAUGGUGUAUUCAUUGUUGGGGUUUUCUUUCACAUCAGGGAUGUCAGUUUGGGUUACCCUGCAAAAAGCUGUGUAACGGGAAAAUAUUUAUAUAUAUAUAUACAUUCACGGGUACGAGCAGGGGUAAAGGGGUAUCUACACAGGGGGAAGC